GAAAAUCGAAUAAUUUUCAUAAUUUCAAAACCCUAGAACCGGCUUGUCAAAUCUGAAAACCAUCGAGGGUUCCAAUUCCAGGAUUGGAUUCCGAUUUUUGAAACAGUAAUCAUUCUAGCUUCCGCGUGUGGAACCCCAACAUAUCAUAGUUUCCGCGCGUGAAACCCCUCCUUUGUAUCUGUGUGCACCUUUCCCUCUCUUUAGUUCGAUAGAACACACGGGCGACCAUCUUCGAUUUCAGGUAGAUUUCGUGACUCUCGUUGACGGAUCUGUCAAGGUUUUCGGUGUGAGAUCUGGUCACUUCUCUUCAUUGAUCUGAAUUUAAGAGCGGAGUUAUAGGGUUUAAUCUCUACAAAAUAAUGGCUUUGGGGGGUUGCUUCGACGUCUCCCCAGAAACGGAGAAGUUCCUCUGUGAGCGGUUGCUGGAUCAAAACCAACCGAUCUCCGAGCGGUUCAGAGCUCUUUUCUCACUUCGCAACCUUCGGGGUCCUGGUCCACGUGAGGCCCUUGUCCACGCAACUCGGGAUCCUUCAAAUCUGCUUGCACAUGAGGCAGCAUUUGCAAUAGGUCAAAUGCAAGAUGUUGAUGCAGUACCUGCUUUAGUAGGGGUUCUUGAGGAUCUCUCAUUACAUCCAAUUGUUCGGCAUGAGGCAGCAGAAGCUCUUGGUGCAAUUGGGCUGGAGAGUAAUAUUCCUUUGUUAAAGAAGAGUUUGGUAUCAGAUCCUGCAAAGGAGGUGCAAGAAACAUGUGAGCUAGCUCUCAAACGAAUUGAAGAGCAGAAGACUAUUGAUAAAAUCGAUGAGACUCCUACAGUUUCUACAUCACCUUUUCUGUCUGUUGAUCCUGCCAAAGCUGCAUCUCGUAGUUCUUCUGUUGGUCAACUUAGGGAAGUUCUUUUGAAUGAAGAAAAAGACAUGUAUGAGCGAUAUGCCGCCCUUUUUGCCCUUCGAAAUCGUGGAGGAGAUGGAGCUGUGACUGCUAUAAUAGAUUCUUUGGCCGCUAAAAGCGCUCUCUUGCGACAUGAGGUUGCUUAUGUCUUGGGCCAACUUCAGAACAAAGCUGCUGCUGCUGCACUUUCUGAGAUACUCAAGGAUGUUAAUGAGCACCCAAUGGUUAGACAUGAAGCUGCUGAAGCACUUGGGUCCAUUGCAGAUGAUACCAGUAUUGCGCUUCUUGUGGAAUUUGCGAAGGAUCCUGAGCCAAUUGUUUCUCAGAGCUGUGAAGUUGCUCUAAGCAUGCUAGAAUUCGAAAGAUCGGGCAAAUCCUUUGAGUAUCUCUUUAUGCAGGCACCUCAAGUGCAGUAGAAUCCUUAUCAGAAGCAGUUUUACCCAGCAAUGAUUUACACUAAGGAAUCUCUGAAACAUGGAUUUUUAGGCAUCAAUCACCAAUUAUUCUGAUCUUAUGGAUGGAUUUUGCCCUUUUACCAUUGGUUUUCCAUUCGUGACUAACCCAACCAGAAAAGCUGCAUUGUACAAUAAUUGAACGCUAACUUAAAAAAGUAAGCCCAAGAGUGAGGUCUUUUACUUA